AUGAAGUACUCCACGCUGCUGGCCGGCUCAGCUGUGUCCGCUUCGGCGGCCUUCGUUCACCCCGGCAUGCUCCAUACCGCCGAGGACUUCGAACGCAUCACUACAAACGUCAACGCUGGCAACGAGCCUUGGCUCACCGGGUGGUACAAGCUGACCAACAACUCUCACGCGCAAUCCACCUACACCCCGAACCCCGAGGAGCUCCUUUGCCGUGGUUCCCCGGCCAGCUGCACUGAGAACUACAGCCACAUGUUCAAUGAUGCUGCUGCCGCGUACCAACUUGCCAUUCGCUGGAAGGUCACCGGUGACGAAGCCUUCGGAACCGCCGCAGCCAACGUCGUCAACGCGUGGUCCAGCACCCUUAAGGAGAUUUCUGGCAACUCCGACAAGUACCUCGCCUCGGGUAUUUACGGCUACCAAAUUGCCAACGCGGCCGAGAUCCUGCGCGACUUUGACGGCUUCACGGAUGACAACUUGGCGGCGGCGGCGGCGAUGCUUACCGACGUCUUCUACCCCAUGAACCAUCGCUUCUUCGUUGAGCACAACGAUGCUGCCGAUGACCACUACUGGGCCAAUUGGGAUCUGGCCAACAUGGCAACCUGUCUCGCUGCUGGUAUCCUGUCCGACAACCAGACCAUGUUCGACGAGGCCAUCAACUACUUCUACAACGGCACCGGCAACGGCAACAUUGAGAAGCUGUUCUGGAUCGUGUAUGACGAUGGCACCGCGCAGGUUCAGGAGGCGGGUCGUGACCAGGGUCACACCAUGCUGGACAUCGGCCUCGUCGGCGCCUUCGCGCAGAUGGCGUACAACCAGGGCAUCGACCUGUUCGCGUACCUCGACAACCGCAUCCUCAAGGGCGCCGAGUACGCCGCCAAGUACAACCUGGGCAACGACGUGCAGUACACCACCUACGUGAACAGCGACGUCACCCAGGACGUCAUCAGCGACGCCGGCCGCGGCAACAUCCGCCCCAUCUGGGAGCUCAUCUACAACCACUACGUCAAGAUCAAGGGCCUCGAGGCCACCUACUCUGAGCAGUACGCCCAGCUGGUGAGGGACGAUGCUGGCGGCGCUGAGGGUGGUGGCGGCGACUACGGCCCGAACAGCGGUGGUUACGAUCAGCUGGGCUUUGGAACGCUGCUGUACACCGUCUAA